AUGAGGAUUUACCACAGUCUCUUCACUGUCUCCAAAUUCAGGACAGUUUUCGAUUUCGGUGAGAGAGAAGUGGCACAUUGGUUUCCUGGACAUAUGGCAAAAGGUCUCAAGCAGAUGAGGGCUAGUCUAAGGAAAGUUGAUUGUAUUAUAGAGAUCCACGACGCCCGAAUACCCUUUUCUGGAAGAAACCCGUUAUUUCAGGAAAGUCUUGAUGUUCGACCACAUUUGCUGAUUCUGAAUAAGAUGGACUUGGCAGACACAUCAGGCAAACAGAGAAUUCUGAAUCAACUCAAAAGAGAAGGGGUGAGGAAUGUCUUGUACACCGAUUGUUUGAGACAACGAGAUGACAAUGUAAAAAAGAUAGUUCCGCUUGUGACAGAUUUGAUAGAGGGCGGACCACGCUUUCACAGAGAAGAGGAGGGGCAGUACUGUCUGAUGGUAAUUGGUGUCCCCAAUGUUGGAAAGUCAUCUUUAAUUAAUGCUUUGCGAAGAAUGAAUUUGAAGAAAGGUAAAGCGUCGAGAGUUGGCGGUGAGCCAGGAAUAACCAAAGCUGUCCUGACCAAAAUACAGGUUAGUGAAAGACCCGUCAUGCAUUUAUUAGACACGCCAGGAGUUCUGCCUCCUAAAAUAGAGAGUGUGGAGACUGGCAUGAAGCUAGCCUUGUGUGGUACAAUCCUGGAUCACCUCGUUGGCGAAGAUGUCAUUGCAGAUUACUUGCUGUUUUCACUGAACAGACUGGAGAGGUUUGGAUACGUUGAGAGGUAUGAUCUGGGAGAACCCAGCGAUGACAUUCAGCAUGUACUGAAACGCAUUGCUUUAAAGCUGGGUAAAACUCAGCGUGUCAAAGCCAUCACUGGAGUAGGUGACGUGACUAUUACAGUGCCAAACUACACUGCCGCGGCCUAUGAUUUUAUCAGAGCUUUCAGAAAAGGAGAGCUUGGGAAAGUGAUGCUUGACUGAUAACAGAACAGGUUAGUGCUGCGGACG